AUGGCUUAUUCACACAUGGGAUACUCUUACUCUAGCACGCCGCAGUUUCUAAUGACAUCGGGCUCCCCUCCAUCCCAUCCGGCUCUGAGCUGCCCGCUGUACGAGGGCAGGGUUCUGCGGUCCCCCGCGGCGACCAGCAUCGGUCUCUGCAGCGGUGCCUACCCCAAGGGUCAAGCCUACUAUAAUACUUGUUCCAGCGAUGCAUCUGCCAUCUACUCCAGGAACCCACUCCAUUCCAAAGAAGGGGCCAUGCCUGCACAAACUGGGGCAUCUCAAGCCCCAGCCUACUAUCCUUAUGAGUACAGCUUCGGGCAGUACCCUGACGACAGAUACGGGUACUCUUGCACUGAUGGAGCGUCUCGCCGUAAGAACGCCACCCGGGAGACCACCAGCACGCUGAAGGCCUGGCUGCAGGAGCACCAGAAGAACCCCUACCCCACCAAGGGGGAGAAGAUCAUGCUGGCCAUCAUCACCAGGAUGACCCUUACGCAGGUGUCCACAUGGUUCGCCAACGCACGCAGGAGGCUGAAGAAGGAGAACAAGGUGACGUGGUCGCCACGCGCCUGCAAGAGCUCAGAGGACCGGGGCGCUGACGAGGACAGCGACGCAGGGGAAGAGCAAAUUAAAAGUGAGCAGGAGGCCUGUGAUCCGAGUCUGGGCGAUCUGCAGAGCGACCUGGAGGAUUUUGACCGGCUGGAGUCCGACGGAUCAGAGAGCGAACCAAAGACAGACUAUGUCCCAGACGGAGGCGGGACAGGAACCCCCCUGGCCGAGCUCUCGCACAGCAGGCAGCCUGUCGCCAGUGACUCGGACACGACGCGCGGGAAACACAGGAUUCCCUCGGACUGCCCCGGCCUGACCGCGGCCCACCCCCAGAGCAGCGCCUUCUACCCCCUGGUGGACCUCCCCGUCUCCUCCGAGGCCACGCUGAAGAUCUGGUCUAUUGCUCGCCAGGCCGCGUCUUUACAGCCGGAGUACUCCCCCUGCAUGCUGGCGUGUCCCUCCUCCCCGGGCUAUCCCGCCAGCAUGGGGCUGACUGCCCCCGCAGCCUCUCCCGGCACGAGGCAUGACUCACCAGUGGCCACGCUCAGAGAUUGGGUGGACGGCGUUUUCCACGACGGUCUGUUCCAACAGCGAGCUCCUCACCAGGCACUGGCCGAGUCGGAGGGGACGGCGGUGUGGGAGGGGCUUAGUUAUGGACAGACGGACAGCAGGGCGGCGGGACACUCCUAUUGA